AUGUCGGACGCAGUAGAUCAAGCUUACAAGCAUCACCCGGAACAUCUGGAAAGGCAGCGUACUGCUGGGGGGCAUGUGAAUGACAGAUCUCAGCCUGGCCUCCCCAUAAUUCAUCGAACCCUUGCGAGCCCUGCGCCCUUGGGGCUGUUAUCUUUUGCGACUGGAAUCUUUCUCAUUUCUGCCUUGGGACUUGGAGCGCGUUCAAUCACCGUGCCAAAUAUUCUCAUUGGAGUAUUGAUGUUCUUCGGGGGUGCUUGCCAAUUUCUGGCAGGGGUCAUGGAGUUUCUGACUGGCAAUACUGCAAGUAUCAAGCAAAGACCAUUCGCCCAGACUUUCGGGGCUACAUUGUUCCCCUCGUAUUCUGCGUUCAACUUUUCCUACGCAAUGAUAUACCUACCAGGGACAGGAAUUAUGGCAGCAUACACCGAUCCGCAGACCGGGACAGUUGGGCCCGAGUUUAAACAGGCGUUAGCAAUCUACAUAUGGGCGUGGUUCAUCCUGACUGUUCUUUUCUCGAUUGCGGCCAUGCGAUCCUCCUGGGUCUUGUUCUUGGACUUAGCUGCCUUAUGCAUAUGUCUCAUGUUACUCGCCUCUGGCAACAUGGUAGGUAAUGAGGGGUUGCUUAAGGCUGGAUAUUCCUUCGGUCUUGUUGUAGCUUUUCUUUCCUACUGGGCUGGAUGUGCUGGACUGUGGGCAGGGAACACAACGCCCAUAGACCUUCCAACCUUUUCCAUGUACAAAGAUGUUUAA